CCUGCCUUCCCCGCCCGCUGCGGCGCGAUGUGGCGGCGGCGGUAUGUCAGCUCCCGGCAGCUGGACGGCUUCCGCCACUACAAGUACAAUGCUGUGGAUACAAAUCCUUUAUCUGUGUACGUUAUGCAGCCCAUCUGGAACAAAAUUAUUAAGAUAGUGCCUUUGUGGAUUGCUCCCAACCUGCUAACGUUCUCUGGAUUUGUCAUGAUUUUAGUUAAUUAUUUUCUAAUAUCUUUUUAUGACUGGGACUACACUGCCUCAGGUACCAGUCCUGGACUUGUUCCAACCUGGGUGUGGCUGUUCAGUGCUUUUACCACCUUUUGUGCUUAUGCUUUAGACUCCAUAGAUGGGAAACAUGCUCGAAGGACUCAGUCCAGUAGUCCUCUGGGAGAACUAUUUGACCACGGGCUGGAUAGCUGGGCUACCUCCAUUUUUGUGCUCUCUUUUUUUUCCGUCUGUUCCCGUGACAAUGGGAAGACUGGAGUUUCUGUAUAUACAAUGUAUAUAUAUUUAAGCAUUGUCUUGUUUAACUUUAUGUGUUCGCACUGGGAGAAAUAUAACACGGGAGUUCUUUUUCUUCCAUGGGGAUACGAUCUAAGCCAAGUGGUCUUAAUAACAGCAUAUCUGCUCACUGGUCUUGUUGGUGUGGAAGUUUGGCAGAAGCCUUUCCUGUUUGGUUAUUACAUUACAGAUGUAUUAGUAAUCUUGCUUAUAGGCUUCAGUUUACUUCUUUCAUUUCCACAAACACUAUACAACAUUCACAGAGCACAUCUAAAGAAAACACUGAAGAAUGGUUCUUUGUAUGAAGGACUCCUACCUCUUGUGUCACCUCUGUUGCUAUUCGUUCUUCUUACAGUCUGGGUGGUUUUAUCUCCAGGCAACAUAUUAGCAAAGCAACCAAGAUUGUUUUUAUGGAUGGUUGGGGUUACUUUCUCAAAUGUUAUUUGCAAAGUCAUCGUCUGCCAGAUGAGCAGCACCCGGCCCGAGCUGCUCCACUGGUUCCUGUUCCCCUUGGCGCUGGUGGUCUACGCAGCCAUCUCGGGGCUGCUGGGCUGGGCAGAAGACGUGGUGCUGGCCGCCUUCACCGCGCUGGUCACGGCGGCUCACGUGCACUACGGCAUCUGCGUGGGGAGGCAGCUGAGCGAACACUUCAACAUUUACAUCUUUUCCCUGAAGAAACGCGUCCAAGAAUGAACACCUGCACUAUGGUCAGACUGUAACACUUGACAUGGAGAUUUCCAGCUCUUUUGAUGUGAUAAAUAGUGGAGUUAAUCUGAUUCAAAUAACCAAAGAAUAGAACAGUCCAGAUACUCGAACAAACUGCGACAACGACCUAUGCAGCAAAAUGCUUCAUCUCAGAGGAAAAUUCCUGUCCAGCAGAGACGUGUUUGCCAAGUUACGCUGCUGCUAAUAUUUAUUCUCUUCCCUGAUGCCACGUCACCUUCUCUGAAGCUUUCGUCUUCCUCCUCCUUGCCACUGUGCCCAAAGCCCUUGAUAAAGCCGUGCUGGGUUGCGUGGGAUCCUUGGUGUUUUAUAACCAGAACUGGUUUUGCCCAGGCUCUUCACCAGUGAGACCCCAGCAAUGCAAACCCACCCACUCCGUCCUUGCCCCUCAGACAUCUGUGCCUGCUGCAGUUUCCAUAUUUGUUUUCUCACAACUCACUUCCUCCACGCAGUCUCCUGCAGGGCUUACGCACAUUCAGUCUUUUCUUCACCUCAAAUGAACGUGUGAAGAGAAUGAAAUCAGAAAGCUAUGGGCACACUGAAGUAUUUUUGAAAUGUAGGAUCCCUCCCCCCCAGCAUGAAGGUGAAACUCAGCUGAGCUGUAUCCGUCCAAAAGGCAGGCUCCAUACCAGAGGUGCUUGCUUUUAUACUUACUUUCUAUGCAGUAACAAGCACAUUGUUGGUAUUUAAGUAGCAACAAGCAAUAUGCCCUACAAAGGUAACCAGCUGAGAAUAAAUUUGGCCAACAAAUGCUUGAAUAUGCUCAGAUUUCACUGCAAAGCACACAGCUUUCUAAACCACGAAACAGGCAGCGAAAAAUGAGCCAGCCACGCACGUUCUAAAUAUUUUCGAACCUCGUCUCUCAGUGCAAAAUGCUAAGCAAACAAUUAUUUGCCUGGGUUCUUGAAAUAAAUUCUUGUGGUUUCAGAUAAUGACAAAAACAAAAAACAAAUGAAAAACCCCAACCAAAUCAGACAAGAGCUUUUUUUUUUUUUUUUUUGACAUUACAGAUUUGCACGCAGAUGUAAACUGUUCUCUCCAUCUAUAAUAUACGUGGGCUUUCUGUGUGCCUUGGAGGAAGAGCUAGGAAUUUGAGUUUCAUCUCCUUUCAUAUGCUGCCCUAGCCAAAGGGACUUUGUGGCCUUGAAGCACUAAUGAAACAAUCUGUCCAUUUUCCCCAAGGUAAGCACUAUAUUACGUUUCUUGCACAGAGGGGCGAGACUGACUGACUGGCAUGUUUAUUAAAUUGUUAAAUAUCUCACUUGCCAGAAGCACGGCAGAAAAUAGGUGUUGAGCCACUAAACUUUGGGCUUUUUCAACUCUUAGACCUUUAAACUUUUGGAUGACCACCAAUUAGUCAUGUCUCCCACCUGCAUAUUAUGUGAACAGCCUCAUCUUAAGGUUGCCUGUCCCAGUAGUUCGCCCACCACGAUGUUGGUAGGGCAGACCUCCCCUGGCAGCAACUACGAAUCUGAGACAAGCAGGCAACGAGCCAUCUCACAGCUUGAUGAAGGAUUAAUUCAGAUACAAGAUACACUGAUAUAAAAGGCUGACCCGCUUCAAUAUUUUUAACCUGUCCAUCAAAAGUACCUGGAGGAAGUCCCGACAAGAAAAGAAUACGAUAAACAAAAAAACCUCUGGAUUGAAAGUGGUUGUACUGGAGGAACUCUGUGGACAGGCUUUCCUUUUCCCUCUAUUUUGCACUUAUUUAUAAAAGCAGUUGGAAACAAGGGGCACAGAAGCUGCACUACUUGAUACACUGUAAUGGAGUAUUUUGAAAUAUCGCAUUAAAUGAAAUGAUAAAACUUGAAAAGCCACAAGCUGCCUGCACUCGUACCUUUCUAAACAGAAAUAUAGUAUCACUUUAAAAGGAAAUUAAGCUCCAGACAACUUUUUUUUUUUUUUUUUUUUUGUAUUCCACACAAAGACAUGGCAAAUAUUUUUUUUUUUCUUUUUCCUUUUGAGAGUAACUUGUCACCACACUCUCUAUAAAGACAAGUACAAACAGGGAUGGUGUAAUGCACAGUGUACAUAUCGAAUUGUUAGCCAUCUCAGAUGGUAACUGGCUCAAUGAAAGGGAAUAAAAACACUUUGUUCAUACGGCAGUGUGGUCGGAUUUAUUUUGCAGUCAGAUAACGGUAUGAAGAUGAGCAGAGCUUGGUUUAAGAACAAUUACGUUAUGGCCAAAAAGUUUGUUCAAAAUAAAACUUUUUGACUUAUUUGAACUGGAAAAUAUAUUACUUCCUUUUUACGCUGUUGAGUAUUCACACUAGCCCAAAGACACGCCUCCCCCACGUCUUACGAAAAGCAAUUCAACUAGCUCUGCGCACACAGGUUUGGGUGCCCAGGUUGGAAAUUGGCUCCUCUGGUCCCUGCUUCACCUCCCCCCACAUCAGAAAUGUUCCCAAAGUGGGGCCGGACCCCUGCCCCAGGGUACCUGGAGGUAGCGGGAGGAGCUGGUCUGACCUCGUGGCGGUGGCACACAACCAGGUGGCUUCAACCUGUGGCAGAAAGGUCUAAAAUAGGUGGCUUUUAGGUAUUGCAAGGAAGAUUCAUCCCUGAAUCCCUUCCAAAAGUCCACUGGGUGCUUCAGCGCCUUUGCUGUUGUGCUCUUUUCACCUCCCAGCUCCCUUACGUUUUUACCUUUGAUGUACCAAAACUAAGUGAUGCUGCAGGAGAUUUAGUACUCUGAAAUUGGAAAGCGUUUGCCAUAAAAAAAGAACGUUCUGUUUACAUGUACAUAUAUAUACACACAUGUAUACAUACAUGCACCUUUUUUUAUUUGUUUGGGUUUGGUAGAAAGUGAUUCAGUUGCUGGGCUCUUGGGGAAAUAAAUAGACACUGCCUGCAGACACAGGAUAAGUGAACUUACUUUUUAAAGCAGCUCUCUUUUUCUUCCUGCUCCCAUAUGCACUCAGUAACAAAGCAAUUAAAUAUAUGUAUUUUAAACAGAAAAGUAUUAUUUUAGAAUGUUUUGAAGUCUCUAGAGCUAGACAGAUUUUAACAUAUAUUUUUUUUAUUAAAUAUGUAAAAAGAUAAACGCAAGUCAAGUUAUUCACAUAUUCAGACAAAAAAAAUCUACUCUACCAUGCGACAAUUUGUGGAUAAUGUAAAAUGACUGAUACAUCUGGAUAAGACUUUUUGUAUCUAUUAUGUCAUUACUUAUCUAUUUAUAAUUAACAAUACAUAUGUUUACAUUCCUUUCAGUUUACAUUUAAUAUAUAACCAAAGCUUUAAGGUGUGCUAUUUAGUAAAGGUAAUUACAAAUGCAUAUUAAAACCAUAACGGAAUAAUGGGUUACUCGCAGGGGGGUGGGAGGAGAAGGACAACUCUUUCCCCUUUCAGAGCAUCGCUCUCCCCUCAGCACAGCCACGUUUCUGGUGCCCAAGAGGUAAUUUACUGCCCCAGCUCCCUGCAUUGGUCACUUCCUCCUUGACACAAGCAGCGAGAGCACUGCGCUCCUCAGACCAAAACCAGGAUAUAGAGAACUGGAGGAGAUUAAGUACAGCUUUUGUUGUUGUUUAAAUGGGCUUCAAAGAGAGAAGUUCAGAGGUGCCACAGCCUGACUAUGAACCCCUGGGAGCUCAACAACCCAACUGUCUGCACCUUCAGAGAAGCAUUUUCUCUUGAAGUGCUCUCCCCGCACCUGCUCGAAUAUUAGCAGGAGGACAAACCGCAGUAAUUGGAGUCUGCUGCUGCUGAUUAGGUUUAUGGCCUGAUCCCAAACUCCUUGCCCCAUCAGAAAUCCCCUACAGAUUAAAGGACGUUCUGGAGACUGGAAAAUAAUUAGUAACUGCUCUUCAGUUCAACAGCGUUAUGAAGAACUACCGUUUAUUACAAUGACAAUUGUAAUAAGUACAUAGGUUCUAAUAAACACAAAUACAAUGAAAAUGACAAUUCCCCCAUCUGUGGUGAUUCUUGGAAAUACUUAGUUUGGAAAAUACACAUUUUUAUAAACCAGAUCUUAUUUGUAACCAAUCGAACAUCAGAAAGGAAAGUGCUGGCCUGCAGGUUGCAGUACUUUUGCUAUUAUCAGGUAGGCUGUGAGGUCAAUGCUGGAGGCAGGGCCAGAAGAUCUUCAACCCCGAGGGUCUACAAACCCUAUGGGCACGGGGAGCAAUCAAGGAAACAGAAAUACCUGUUCUAAUGUUUAACAGUAUUUUAUAGAUUGCCUGCGGUGCAGCACAACAGCAGUGUUCUCACAUUUAACUAAGAGCCACUUAGCUGCAGAAGAUUCCUUAGGAACAGAAAACUGCAUGUGUGCGUGCGUGUUGGUGGGCUGAUUAAUUAAAAACCUCUCUAUGGACGCAUCAGCUGGGAGCUCAUGCUUUAGGAGUGCACGAAGACCUAAGAAGGUUUAGCUGUUUGUAGCUGUUCAGCGGGUUUUUGAAUUUUUCAGUGACUGCAGACUGGGUUGGGACUUCCAUGUACCUGCUUAAUCAGAGGAACAAUCCGGAAUUAAGAAAAAAAUCAAGUGAGAGACCAAGAAUACCAAGCAUAAAAUAUUCAGAGAGACUAGAAUGCACAGUUUCACGAUAAAAACAAGGAAUGCUUUAUACACUUCAAGAUACCUCUUUAUAAAAUACCAUCAUUUAGAACAGGGUAGCAGGGACCGUUCUGGAAAGGAGCACCCACUGCAGGCGCCUCCCGGGUGGAUGUGCUGCUGCACCACGCCAGCCUCGCUGCAGGAAGGUCAGCCAAAGCAGAGCUGGCUCGCUCCCCCUCGGUCAGCGGGUCUGAUACAUGCACCGUCUCCAGGAGGACGUCUCGCUGCCUCUCCACGCUUCAGAAGCGGCCUCAACACCUGCGAGGUGUCCACCACCCACUUAGAGGGAGUUCGGGGGGUUUCAGGGCUAGUUCUGUGGCUGGGUUUCCCCCGUGCCUUGCACUAGUGAGGAAGCUUUCCAUCUUCCAGACUUGCAUGGUCAGGGCAGCAGAGGGGGGAGGAUAGCAA